GCUGAGAAACACUCAAUCAAAAGCACUCACUGUAACUGACAAAAAUCCUCUCCUUUCCCGGGAAAAUUUAAUUUUCUUUCUGCUCCUCCGAGAAGAUCUGAAGAGCGAGAAUGGACUGUUAUCUUCUCUACACGGUGCUUCUACUCCUUCUUCUUGGAUCAGUUUCUCUCUCUAACGCAAGGCCACGCGCUAAUCGACAUCCCAGUUUCAUGCGAUCCGUGACGAACGCAACCGAUUUCGCGUCGGAGGACUACUACGACUACAUAAUCGUCGGCGGAGGAACGGCGGGAUGUCCACUCGCCGCCACUCUCUCCCAAUCCUUCCGCGUCCUCCUCCUCGAGCGCGGCGGCGUCCCCUACAAACCCAACCUGAUGACUCACGACGGUUUCUUGACGACUCUCACAGACGUCACCGCCGUCGACUCCCCCGCUCAGUCCUUCGUCUCCGAGGAAGGAGUCCCCAACGCUCGAGGACGCGUCCUCGGAGGAAGCAGCGCCAUCAACGCGGGAUUCUACAGCAGAGCCGAUCAACACUUCUUCGAGAACUCAGGUCUCGAUUGGGAUCUGAGGAGCGUGAAUCAGUCUUACGAGUGGGUGGAGAGAGCGAUCGUGUUCAGACCUCAGCUGAUGACGUGGCAGUCCGCGUUUCGAGACGCGAUGCUCGAGGUCGGUGUGGGUCCCUUUAACGGCUUCACGCUGGAGCAUAAGGUUGGGACUAAGAUCGGUGGGUCCACCUUUGACCGUUCAGGGAGGAGACACAGCUCUGCGGAUCUUCUCAGAUUCGCUAGAAGCUCCAACAUUAGAGUAGCUGUUUACGCUACUGUUGAGAGAGUCUUGCUGAGUGAUAAUUCAAAUGUCUCUGCUAUUGGAGUUGUGUACCGUGAUCAGCUUGGACGUUACCAUCACGCGAUGAUACGGGAGAGAGGAGAGGUGAUACUCUCAGCUGGCUCGCUCGGUAGUCCGCAGCUGAUGCUUCUUAGCGGGAUUGGUCCGAGGAGUUACCUAUCGACUUGGGGGAUCCCUGUGGCGGUUGACCAGCCUCACGUGGGAGGGUUUGUGUAUGAUAACCCGAGGAACGGUAUCUCUAUUGUUCCACCCGUUCCGAUGGAGAACUCGUUGAUACAAGUGGUGGGUGUUACUGAGGACGGUGCUUUUCUUGAAGCUGCUUCUAACGUGAUCCCGUUUGCGUCUCCUCUGCAUUCAGUUUUCAUCAGGGCUCCGGCUUCUCCUCUGUAUGUUCCUGUGACGACUAUAAUGGAGAAGAUUCUAGGUCCGGUGUCUGUUGGUUCGCUGAGGUUGGCUUCGACGGAUGUGAGGGUGAACCCGGUUGUUAGGUUUAACUACUUCAGUGAUCCACAGGAUCUGGAGAGGUGUGUGAAUGGGACUAGGAAGAUUGGGGAAAUACUUAGGAGCCGAGCUAUGCGGGACUUUAUGGUCAGGGAGUGGUUUGGGAGCCAUAGGUUCAGGUUCGUUGGAGUUCCGUUGCCAUUGGACCAGACUAAUGAUCUGGUGAUGGCAGACUUCUGUAGACGAACUGUGAGCACUAUCUGGCACUACCAUGGUGGCUGCGUUGUGGGGAGAGUAGUGAACUCUGAUCUCAAAGUCAUUGGUGUUGAUUCAUUGAGGAUCGUGGAUGGAUCAACCUUUAAUAUCUCUCCAGGGACUAAUCCACAAGCUACCUUGAUGAUGCUUGGAAGGUACAUGGGUCUGCAGAUGCUGAAAGAGAGAAUGAGAUACUGAUUUUCAGAUGAGCUUGAUGGCAUUUCUUUUCUGGAUUACUUAACUGUUUCUUUUGUUGUAUAGCUCUCUAUUAGGUGCUUUUACCGUUAGUCUAUUCAUUUGUUCAUUGUUUCUAUUGGACUACUCUCGUUGAUUGAUGUAAUAAUAGAGUAUAGAGAGUUCUUUAA